UUGAUAGGUUUAAACUUCAAAAAAAUCAAGAAGUUCAAAGUCGGUGGUUGAAUUUUUGUAUUUGAUGUUCAGUAAACUUUAAAAAGAUUAAAGUUAAAAUAGCCUCUGAUAACUUUUCGCCAUGGCGGAAAUACAAACUCUAAUUGAUAUGGGAUUCCCAAAGGAAAGAGCUGAAAAAGCGCUCGCUGUAACAAAUUAUAAAGGAGUUGAGCCAGCCAUGGAAUGGCUUUUGGCGCACGCUGAUGAUCUGGAUACUGGGACUGGUCAUACAAUUGCAGGAAGCUCUGUUAAUGAACAUAAUGCAUCUUCGGCGUCAUUGCCGGCGCCUACAGAGCCUGCAGCUACCGAGGAAGCUGAAGCGAAAUCCCUUAAAUGUGAUGAUUGUGGAAAACUUUUCAAGAAUCAAGAUGAAGUGGAGUUUCAUGCAGCAAAAACUAAUCACAGUAACUUCUCUGAAUCUACUGAAGAAAAAAAACCUUUGACUGAAGAGGAAAAGAAAGCUCAAUUAGCAUUACUUGAAGAGAGAAUGAAGCAGAAAAGAAAGGAGAGAGAAGAAAAAGAAAAGGCCGAAGCAUUGGAACGAGAAAGGCUUAGGAUCAAAUCAGGCAAAGAUCUCCAGGAAGCAAAACAAAGGCUGCAAGAGCAAGAAAUGCAGAAACUUGUUGAGCAACGACGGAGGGAGAAGCUUGAAGAUCAGAGGGCAAGAGAAAGAGUCCGGGCACAAAUUGAAGCGGAUAAACAAGCUAGAAAAUUAGCUGCAUCAGGUCAACCGGCGCCAGCUCCUGCUCCGGUUGCCCCGCCACCAGUCUCCACUUCUCCAGCUCCGAAGGUUGCAUAUGAGCAGGCGAGGAUUCAACUAAGGCUGCCAGACGGACAAUUACUAUCACAGACAUUUGGUGCCAAGGAACAACUAGCUGCUGUUAGGUUGUAUUUAAAACUGCACAAGCCGGAAUAUUCCCAAGAAGAUAGUUUCAAAUUUAUGACAACAUUUCCUAAGAAAAUAUUCUCUUCAGAUGACUACGACAAGCCGUUAGAGCUAUUAGGUCUGGUGCCGUCAGCAGUUAUCAUAGUAUCUAAAGGACAAAAUUCAUUGUAAAUAUAAAAACCAUUAAAUAAUUUGAUGUGUAAAAUAAUUAUAAAAUAGAUAAUUAAAUAAACCAGAAACUGUAUUACUUGAAUCAUAAAAGCUAAAACACACAUACAUUACCACAAUGGUAGCAAAAAAAUUCGUAUUACAUUGGCAUCAUGUUGGCAAUGUAGGUAUUUGGAAAAAAAAUAUUAAAAUGUUAUAUAAAAUACAUAGUAUUUUAUAUGCUCUCAUUCUAUGUUAUGUCUCCUUAAUUUUGUAUUGGAGUCACUGUAUUGUGUUUGUUUACAUUACAAUAUAUUAAGCAUGUUCAAUUAUAUUUUUCGUUCCUAAACUAAUGUAGGUAUUAGGUAAGGAUGGUCAUGCAAUAAAAGUCUGAAAUUUAAAAAA